UUCUGUACCCAUCCUCUCACAGCCUCCUCAGCCUCCAGCAAGAAAACAUGGGAAGACAUAAGACGUAUUUGGACAAGCUGUCCCGGUUCUUCCAGAUCCGUAACCUGCUGCUUCGCCAGGCCCUGGCAGAGUGUCUUGGCACCCUAAUCCUUGUGAUGUUUGGCUGCGGUGCUGUGGCCCAGCUGGUGUUGAGCGGUGGAUCUCAUGGCAUGUUCCUCACUGUCAACUUUGCCUUCGGCUUUGCUGCAACCUUAGGCAUCCUGGUCUGUGGCCAAGUAUCAGGUGGCCAUCUGAACCCUGCAGUGACCUUUGCCCUGUGUCUGCUCGGACGAGAGCGCUGGAGAAAGUUCCCCAUGUACUUCCUCUUUCAGACAAUCGGGGCUUUCUUUGGUGCUGCGAUCAUUUUUGGCAUGUACUAUGAUGCUCUGUGGGAUCAUCCUGGAUGUUUCAAUGUGACCGGACCUAAGGCCACAGCUGGCAUCUUUGCUACCUACCCUGGGAGACAUCUCACUAUCGUCAAUGGCUUCUUUGAUCAGAUAAUUGGUACAGCAGCGCUCAUAGUUUGCAUUCUGGCCAUCGUGGAUCCCUACAACAACCCCAUCCCCCAGGGACUGGAAGCCUUCACUGUGGGAUUUGUGGUUCUGGUCAUUGGACUGUCUAUGGGCUUUAACUCUGGAUAUGCCGUCAACCCUGCCAGAGACAUCGGACCACGACUUUUCACAGCGAUCGCUGGCUGGGGCAGUGAAGUCUUCACGGUUAGAAACGGCUGGUUCCUGGUGCCCUUGUGUGCCCCGUUCCUCGGCACCAUCAUCGGCGUGAUGAUCUACCAGCUGAUGGUUGGCUUUCACGUGGAGGGAGAAAUUCGGGACAAAAAGGAAUCGGAGGAGGAGACAGUCCGACUCACCAACGUCACCUCCAAUGACAACUCCAAAGAUUCGACUAAAGAUGUGCACUAAGUGUGUUAGAGACAUUCGGCGACACAUGCACAUCCUGUAAAUAGCAACACAGACCACCAUUUCUUUCCAGCUUUGUCUGACAUGUUUUUUAUACGUCUUUUCAGCUGUUGGAGAUUUCCCAAGAUAGCUGUGUUCUUGUGAAAACAGUCGACUCUCAUUUUUUUUUGUCAUGUAUUUGUAUUGUAUUGUAGAGUCAUAAUUGUGUAUACAUGUAGAGGGGAAGGACACAACAUUAGAAACACAGAAUUACAUUAAUUCUUAAAUUAAAAGAUUAACAUUUAAAACUUAGUGUCUGUAACACUCCAGUUUGAACAGUAUUGAAUGCUUUGUACUAAUAAAGUUUUAUGUAGCUUUUUUGUUAUACAUGUGUAAAGUUGAUGUAAUUAGAUAGAUGCACAUCUCUCCCUACCAGUUUGAUUCACAGAUUUUUUAAAAAUCAAGAACAUUUCAGGAAACAUGUUCAGUAUCCCACCAGAGAAUAUCUGCUUAUGUAUUUCACAUUUUAGUUCAUUAAAUGAUAUGAUGCAAUCCAAGUAGACACCCAGAUGUGUGUUAGGUAGAGCAGAAAGAUUUUGGUGAAACAAAAUCCUUUCCACUGCAUUCUUCACUUUACCACUGCCAUUUUAGAGCAGCUAUGUAAGGGCUGCUGUCUUUAAAUAGACUCUCUUUGCCCUGCUAAAGUCUGUACCAGAAAGUCUUAGAAAGUUGAACUUUGUCGUGAUAUACAAUCAGCCGGCAACUUGAUUAUUUCCCCUUUUUAUUCACCCAUGUCUACAGGAGCUAAAGUAGUUGCAUCUGUGAAAAAUAUCAGAUAACAGUUCUCAUUUUCUAUGUGCAUCACAAUGAUAUCCCAUUACAACCUCUGGAGAUUAUGUUCAUUUAUGCCUGUAAAAAUGUAUUUUUGUGUCUUGUGAAUGUCACCACACAGAGGUGCUAGACUGGACAACGAGCACCUUGUAGGCUGAAGGGAAAUGCUUUUGAACCAGUACAAUAAAGUUCUGUUUUUUUAUUGGUG